CCAGGGUCGGCGCACGGCGACUCGCGACUCCGCUGCAGCCCGAGCUUGUCGCAGCCUGACUCGCGGAGCCGCUGAUGUCAACAUCGAGCAUCGUGCAUGCAACCCCGGCGCGCCUACCCAAGCGCCCUGUUUACGCCGUAUAUACUGUGCGUGAGGCUGGAUCUAGUCGCCAUGUUGGCUCUGACUUGGCUCUGACUUGGCUCCAUGGCAGCAAAACUGCUUCCCCAGGGCCGCUGCAGUCACAGACCGCGGCUGUCUCGGAGGCCUCUGACAGCACCGAGUGACCCGGGCACGUCGCAGAUCACGGGCUGACCACCACAUGUCGCGGUCCACCAGUAGUGCCACUUCUAGUCUUCUCCUUCGUCCUCCUGCUAUGCACGCUUUCUUGGACCAUCAUGGCCGAGUCUACCUCUGUUGACGCGCACCCACACAACGGCCAUACAGAACAUGUUUCACCGCGACCGCGCAAGCCCACGCGCAUCGACUUCCUCAAGCCACAGCUCAGCGACGAGUCUGUGAAGCAGCACUUGGAGGCGGCGUCAGGGAUCUCGAGCGGUAGCACGACUCCCAUCCCCGCCGAUGCCCCUCCCUCCGUCCAAGCCACGUCCUCUGCGCGCCGCCAGAUCCGCGCCCAGCAGAAGCGCCGCAUGUUUCCCACCAUCGACUACGUGGGUCGCGUCUCGCACUUCGACCCAGACAGCGACUAUCAUGACUUCCACGGCUUCUUCGUGCUCUUCUGGAUCGGCCUGGCCAUCAUGGUCAUCACCUCGAUGCUGCGCCAGGUCAAGGAGACCGGCUACCCCUUCCAGAUACGACAAUGGAAUCUGUUCAGAGAGAAGGUGUGGGAGCUGGGGCUAGUCGAUGGCGCAAUGGUGGGGAGCACAGCCUUGGCGCUUCCACUUCAGAAGCUGUUCUUGAACGGCAAGGGUUCACUGCGGUGGAGUCAGCUGGGGAUGGCGAUCCAGAGCAUAUACCAGGCCUUCUGGCUCUCCUUUUGGUGCACAUAUCCCUUCAUUCGCGACUGGAGCUGGACUGCUCAGGUCUUCUUCACCCUGCACUUGCUUGCAAUCUUCAUGAAGAUGCACUCCUAUGCCUUCUACAACGGCCACUUGAGUGAGACGCUCCGCCGCCUCAACGACCUGGACACGCCUGAGAAAGCCAGCAAAGCUGCGGCAGUUCGAUACCCCAAGCCUCGCACGCACCUACACGAGAUUCCACAAUCGCCAAGUCAGAGCACCCCUGAUGCUGCAAACCAAGAGUCUCUGCGCCAGCUUCGUGAAGAUCUUGCCUUUGAGCUCUCGUCACCCCUUGGCCGCGUGUCGUACCCAGAGAACCUCAACCUCUACAACUGGGUCGACUACAUCUUCUGCCCCACGCUCUGCUACGAGCUCGAAUACCCUCGCGUGACCCACAUCCGCCCGCUGGAAGUCUUUUACAAAGGUCUGGCCGUCUUCGGCUGCAUCUUCCUGAUGGUCAUCACAACCGAAGAGUUUAUCCUCCCAGUCCUAGACGAAUCAGCAAUCGCCCUGUAUCACUCCAAAGGCGCACUGGACUUCAGCCUGAUCCUUGCCGAGACCAUUGGGCGCCUGCUAUUCCCCUUCAUGAUCACAUUCUUACUCACCUUCCUUGUCAUUUUCGAAUACAUCCUCGGCGCCUUUGCCGAGAUCACACGCUUUGCGGACCGCCAAUUCUACGCCGACUGGUGGAAUUCCUGCGACUGGCUCGAAUUCUCGCGCGAGUGGAACAUACCCGUGCACCACUUCUUCCGACGCCACGUCUACUCGGCAAGCAAGAACCACCUCUCGCGGCCUCUUGCCACGCUCAUCACUUUCCUGAUCUCGGCGCUGGCGCACGAGCUGGUCAUGGGCUGCAUCACGCGCAAGUUCCGCGGCUACGGCUUCUGCGCUAUGAUGCUGCAGAUGCCGAUUGUCAUGGUGCAGAGGAGCAAGUAUGUCAAGGGCAGGACGCUGCUGAACAACGUGCUGUUUUGGUGUAGCAUGGUGCUGGGGCUGAGCAUGAUGUGCGCGCUUUACGUCCUUGUAUAGACCCACACGCUCAGGCGGACGGGAUAUAGAUGUGCAACUGUGUUUGUUUUGCUGUAGACGGCUCGCGAGAUACCCCCCUCUCUCUCCCCUACUUUCAGUCACGCUGUCCAAUCGAAAAACAAUAUACUCACGCUGCUCUUCUCUCAUAUGUAAAAAGACCUGCCCAUUUACUUCAUACUACUGCAGAAUAGAAUAGAAAGUACUAAUUAGCACCUUUGCACGUAAGCAGAACUCAAAUUCGCACAUUUCAG